UUUUCCUCUUAAGCCCCCUUAAUUCCUCAUCCACCCUCGUCCAGCUUCUGCCCAAUUUUCUCUUCGCUGCCAUGCGGUUCUUGGCGUCACCUCCGCCACUUCCUCUGCUUUGUUGACCCGCCGCCCAUCCCUCCUCUUCCUCCGCUCUGUCGCUUCCCUUCUCCCUUCCUCGCCAGCCCUUCGCUCGCACUCGUUCCCUGGGAAAUGGCCAAGGCCGAUAACGCGGUGGAUGACGAAUCCGCCGACAUCCCCCGCGGGCCCGUCGAGGCCCGAUCGCUGUCGGCCAUCACAGGCAUCGCCUCCAACCCCCCCGCAUACCCGCGGAAUCCCACGCAGAAGAAACUGGACCCCCUGGUGCUCUACAUCGUGCGAGUGCCUGGUAGCAAAGAUGUCUUCCUGUCGCCUCUUAAGCCGCCCACCAAGGCCAGUGUUUCCGCCGAGGCCAUCAAUUCCUCGCUGUACUACCUGCACGUCGCCACCCCCGAUGACCAGGCCUUGCUGCACGAGGUCGAACAGGAGCGAGAAGAAAAGGCUCGGCUACGGCGCGAGAUGGGCGAAGAUGCCGACCUGCCCCCUGAAUUGGCGCGAUUGAAUAACGUCCGACGAAAACCGGUUCCUGGUGGUGGUAACAAUGGGGAUGCUACGAAAAAAGAACCUCCCUCUACGCCUCCGUCGCUGCCUGUUCGCCCGCCCAUGCAGUCGCCAUCGCAUUCGACAGCCUCGCUGCAACCGCCUGCUCUGCCGACCCGCCCGUCGCUGUCCCCGCGAUCGUCGGCGGAUUUCGCCGGCGCGGUCCCUCAGCAUCGCCAGGACUUUCUCGACAAUCCGACAGACGAUCCGACGUCCGCUCGCCCGCGCCACCCACUCCCUCCUCUUCCGCAGGACGAAGACGGUUUAGAUGCAUACGAAGAAAACGUCAUGAAGAAGCCUCAGCGAUGGAGUGCGCUCGGGGGGUACAUCUCGCGCGGCCAGGAGAGCUGGAAGGAGAAGUACGAGGCUCUUUCCGCGGGACGUCACAGUCUUGACUCCCGUGACCCUCGAAUGCGACCGACUUCAGCGCACGCCAGCCCUUCAUACACAGGCAUGGGCUCCCCGGGGAGAAGCCCCGGCCAUUCUCCCACCCGCAGGCCGCAGGAGAGCAGGGCACCCGAGCGACCUGGUUUCCACAUCACGCUGAUCCGUCGCGAUCCUACGCAUGGCAGUCAGUGGAACGUCGCGACAAUGUCGACACCCCGGAUGGACGGUGGCGCCAUUGACAUCGAGGUGUUCACCCCCGGUUACAAGCGGUUUGCGCAGAGCGAACCGCUCUCUCUCGCCAGUCUGGGGGUGAAUCUCCCGUCGGAAGCCCGCAACUCCCUCAAUCUUCCUCGGCAGAGCGAGUCUUCCGAGACCGCCAGCAGCGAACCCGCGCAACCGCGUCGGUUCCAGCGGAAGCUGUGCGUAUCCCGGCCGCAUGCGCCGGAAGAGUCGCGAGGGUCGCUGGAUGUCCCUGGGGCUCGCCCGUCCAUCGAAAGUCUCGGCAGACCCAGCAGCCAGGGCGGCGGAGGGGCCUCCAAGCUCAAGAGCGGUUAUUACACCUUCACCUCGCCCUGGAACGGGACCUGCACCUUCUCAACCAGUGUCAACGGUCGCAGUCUCAAAUGCAAGCACAUGAUCCCCAUGCCGGGGUUCCCUCCGUCCGGCGGCGGCAAUGGCGCUCCCGAGAAUCCCGCCGUCACCGUCGCCGAAAUCCGCUUCAACACCCCCUUCCAGGCCAGCCAUCUCCCCCAUAACCCGGGGCCCUCUCACACCUCGCCCUUCUCUCUCAGCCAAACCGCCGGCUUCAAGGACCCCGCUGCCCUAUACGAGCCCGACGGCCCCUCCUCCGUCUUCCCGCCGCCAACCUCCAAGCGCAGCUCCCUGGCGUACUUCUUCAACGCCCACGCGCAAGCCUUCACCAACCGCCCUCGCUCGCGCUCCGGCGCCAGCACCAACUCCAACCAUAACCCGCCACCCCCGUCCACGCCGCCCUUUCCCGCGCGCAAGCCCUCCCUCAGCAGCGCUAGCAGCGUCGACAUCGAUGACCCCUCCGCCGAACCCCGUCGGCCGCUCCGUCGGCCGCCCAGCGAAGACCGACUGGACUUCAGCCUGGCCCGGGAACCCGCGGGUGGAGGCAUGCGCGGCAAGAGCGCGAAACUGGGCAAGCUGGUCAUCGAGGACGAGGGCAUCAAGAUGCUGGACCUUGUCGUCGCAUCUUGCAUGUCGGUAUGGUGGCGGGGAUAUUAUUACUAAGGACUUGUGCUGUCUGUAUUCUGAAACCUGGGUUAAGAUGAGGUGAGGUGUGGGGAUGGAUUAUUUGCAUCAUUUCGCAUUUUUUAGGGAGUUUCUUUGUUUUAUUUUUUUCUGAUUUGAUGGAUUCGUUUUCUUUCUAUUUUCCUUUCCCCGGCUUACUCGCACUUGAUAUCUGUGUGUUUUAUUUUUUUUUUUUGCAUUGAUGUUGUUUUGUUUGUUUUUCACCUGGACUGGACCGACUGGACUAUGGAUGGAUGUCUCAUCUCAUCCUCUCACUCUGAUCUCGUCAGGUUGAGGUAGGGUGAAAUGAUACAGACCCUCACUUGUCCAGUCCCAAAUCCAACCCCAUUGCAUAUGAUUGAUGAUUGACGAUGAUUCCCUCGAGAGCCGGACGGAUGGAUGGAUUUCCUUCUCGAUUUGUUGUUUGCAUGAUACUCGAACUAGAUAGAGCUAGCUACCUACAAUUAUAAAGAAAAGUAGCACGAAAUCAAGCGAAUU